AAAACACAUCAUUUUGAUAUUCUCGAUGAGAUAAAAACCGCCACAACUAAACUUUAAAUCAGUUGUCAUUCAUCCGCGUUCAUUGUAGAAGAGUGUGUGUAUGUGUGUGUUUUUUCUAGAGUCUCAAUGCGCUACCACAAAACGUGUCCGUCGAAAUCAAAGCGUGUGACUACAAGUUUGAUCGUUGCUAUUGUAGAUUUAAGGACCAUUAUGUCUCACUAGUCGAUCAGUGUGAAGAGUAAUAUCUACCUUUCAUCGCUGAUAUUGAUAUAUUAGAAAUGACUCAAAGCGGGGGUCUCCUAUAUCUCUGAAAAGACGCAUCUUUCUGCGCCUGUGACCCAUUUGCCUUGAACGAGUGAUUCUGGAUCGAAGCUCUACCGAAUAACGUCCAUCCAGCUGAACAAAGUUAUUUUUUACUGUGCCAUGUGCCGACUGACACUAUGACCACUCGCUCGCCGGAAGCCAUCGUGUAGGACAGGAUUAUAUUACUAAGUGGACCAUUACGGUUCAGAACAGCUCAUCCCAGCGUCCCUGUCUGGGGUAGGAGAGGAGCUAGGUUAGUCCUGUGCUGGUCCCGUGUGACCUGACCGCCUCUGGAGGAGAGCCUCGAGGCAUUUGAGAGGCUGACCUCUGCUGGAGUUCUGUGACCAAAGGCCCCCUGCCAGGCCUGGCCACCCCACUCCACCACCACCACCCACUGCUGGUUCCUCCGGGACCCGACCAUGGGGAACCUCCUGAAGGUGCUGACCUGCACCGACCUGGACCAGGAGCCCAACUUCUUCCUGGACUUUGAGAAUGCGACGCCCACGGAGGCAGAGCGGGAGGUGUGGCUGCAGGUGGACGUGGUGCUGAAGGACGCCAGAGGGAUCCUGGACGAGCUGCAGGCCUACAAGGGAGCGGGCCAGGAGAUCCGAGAGGCCAUCCAGAACCCAAACGACGAUGUUCUGCAGGAUCAGGCGUGGGCCGCCGUGGUUCCGCUGGUGGGGAAACUCAAGAAGUUCUACCAGUUCUCCCAGAGAUUAGAGGCGUCGCUAAGCAGCCUGCUGGGGGCGCUGACCAGCGUGACGUACGAGGACCCGACGCAGCACCUGGAGAGAGAGCAGGCGCUCGCCAAGCAGUUUGCAGAGAUCCUGCACUUCACGCUGCGCUUCGACGAGCUCAAGAUGACCAACCCGGCCAUCCAGAACGACUUCAGCUACUACCGGAGGACGCUGAGCCGGAUGAGGAUCAACAACCUACCGGCGGAAGGGGAGAACGAGGUGAACAACGAGCUGGCCAAUCGGAUCUCCCUGUUCUAUGCCGAUGCCACGCCCAUGUUGAAGACGCUGAGCGACGGCACCACCAAGUUCGUGUCGGAGAACAAGAACGUCCCCAUUGAGAACACGACGGACUGCCUCAGUACCAUGGCCAGCGUGUGCAAAGUCAUGCUGGAGACGCCGGAGUACCGCAGCCGCUUCACCAACGAGGAAACGGUGUCGUUCUGUUUGCGCGUGAUGGUGGGCGUCAUCAUCCUCUACGACUACGUCCACCCGGUCGGGGCCUUCGCCAAAUCCUCCAAGAUAGACAUGAAAGGUUGCAUUAAGGUCCUCAAAGACCAGCCGCCGGGCAGUGUGGACGGUCUGCUCAACGCUCUCAGGUACACGACGAAACACCUAAACGACGAGUCGACCAACAAGACGAUUAAGAUCAUGCUGCAGUAAGAGGCUCGUCGCCCUCGGCAACAGCCCCCUCUCCGAUGGGCGGGAACCACUCAGAAUUAAUCUUUUUACGCUUCUUAUUUAAUUAUUAUUUUAAAGCAAACGGGCUGCAGCUCCGCCCACCUUUAGGACGCGAGAUGUCGUCAUGUCCGUCAUGUGCCAAAAAGCUGUCGUGGAGUUGCAACGUUUCCGAUGUUUAUCCACUAGAGCCGACGUCUGCUCAGGUGUUUUUAAAAGCAGGGGUUGUCCCCCUGUGCCAGGGAGCGCGGCGAGCUACACUUGAAACAUUUCAAAGAAAGAGAAAGAAAUAUAUAAAUCGAUAUAUAUAUCAAGAGAAAGAAGUAUAUAUUAUUUUUGUCUGAUUAGUUAUUUAAUAUUACAUCUUCUGCAUGAACAAAAGGAUGUCCUUUUGAGUUUUCCUCUAUUUAAGAUCGGUUUGAGUUGAAUGUGUCUGCUCUGCUGUGCGCGUGAUGUUGUUGUUGUUGUUGUUGUUGUUGAGACGGUACCUGUCCCGGCGAGAUUAACAGUACUGUUUUAUAUUUUUUUAUAGGUUUUGUUUUGUUUUGAUUUUGGAUAGUUGUGCAUCUGAUGAUUUUCAAACUGUGACGCGUGGAGUGAGUGCUAUACAUGGACAGGGUCCCAUCGCUGGGAAAAAUACAAACGACAAAGAAAAAAAAGCAACAACAAAUAAAACGGGAAUGUUUUUCUACAACUGAAUCUCUUCCGGUCCUU